CAAUUGUAUUCAGAGAGCGAAGUUUUUUUCGUGUAGUGUUUUGUCGAGGUGCCUACAAAAAGAAAAAUUUAACAAUUUUAUCUAUUUAAUUUAAGUAGUUUUAAUUAAUACAAACAGCAAUAUGAAGGUUUUACACAAAACAUUGCUGUUUGCAGUGAUAUUAAUGGCUGGCUUUUUAAUAUUGAAUACAACGGCUCAAAGUAAACAAAAGGCCGGUCUGUCCAUAUCGGAAAAGGUGCAAAACUUAAUGGAGAUGAAUAAUAAGAAGGCACUUUUGCGUUUCAAUGGACAAAAGUUUAGAGAAUAUGUUAAGAAUUCACCCCGUAACUACUCGAUGAUUGUUAUGUUGACCGCUCUAGCACCCUCACGCCAAUGUCAAAUUUGUAGACACGCUCACGAUGAAUUCCAAAUUGUCGCACAAUCCUAUAGAUUUUCACCGAUAUACUCGAACAAAGUAUUCUUUGCUAUGGUAGAUUUUGAUGAGGGUUCUGAUGUAUUUCAAAUGUUACGCUUGAAUACUGCACCGGUGUUUAUGCAUUUCCCUGCUAAGGGUAAACCAAAGGCUGCUGAUACCAUGGACAUACAUCGUGUUGGUUUCGCUGCUGAUGCCAUAUCAAAAUUCGUGGCCGAACGUACUGAUAUACAGAUUCGAGUAUUCCGUCCUCCCAACUAUUCCGGUACUGUUGCUAUGGUCACUUUGGCUGCCCUGGUCGGUGGUUUCCUGUAUAUGAGACGUAAUAAUUUGGAAUUCUUGUACAACAAAUCUAUAUGGGGUGCCAUAGCGGUGUUCUUCUGUCUCACCAUGAUUUCGGGACAAAUGUGGAAUCACAUACGUGGUCCCCCAUUGGUACAUAAGUCACAAAAUGGUGGUGUUGCCUACAUACACGGCUCAUCACAAGGUCAAUUAGUCGUAGAGACCUAUAUUGUUUUAGGUUUAAAUGCUUUAAUUUUCUUUGGCAUGCUUUUGCUCACAGAAGCUGGCAGUCAAACAGACCAGCGCAAGGGACGUAUCAUGGCUAUAGUUGGUUUAGCCUUUUUGGCAAUUUUCUUUUCAUUUCUGUUAUCGGUGUUCCGUUCAAAAGCUCAGGGUUAUCCCUACAGUUUUCUAUUUAAAUAAAAUUAAUGCACUGAGUUCAAAAUUCCUGGAGACGAUAAUAAAUAAAAAUUAUAGAAAUAUCAUAGAAAUUGCCUAUAUGUUUCAGAUUUUGAUGAAGUAAUGUUUUUGUUUGUAUAAAACAUCUUAGAAAAACAAUAAAAUUAUUUUUUUUUUAUUAAUUUAUUAAUUAAA